AUGGCUGCUUACAUCAUCUUCAGAACGACCAACCAGCAUCACCUCCGAGAUGUGCAGCCGGCCAUGUCCAUCAAGCCACUCCCGGCGGAUGUCGUGGCCCAGAUCAAGUCGUCCGUCGUCAUCACCUCCCUGAACAACGUGAUCUGUGGGCUCAUCAAAAACUCGCUUGACGCUGAGGCCACCAAGAUCAACCUGAGCGUGGACUAUUCGCGUGGCAACUGCUCCGUAGAGGACAACGGAUCUGGAAUUCCACCAUCUGAAUUCCGCGAUGACGGAGGGUUGGGCCAACUGCACUACACAUCCAAAUACCCGUCGCGUUCAGAUAUCCAUGGAAAACAUGGUGUAUUUUUGGCGUCGGUCGCGUCUCUGUCACUGCUCUCCGUGGCAUCCCAUCACAGAGAGUACCACUCGCACAAUUCGAUGAGCAUCCACAACUCCAAGGUCCUUGCCCGACACGUUCCUUGCCCUCCCGAGCAAAGAAUUCUCACUUUCAACCAUGGCACGCGUGUUACGGUGAGAGACUUAUUCGGCUUGAUGCCAGUUCGAGUGAAAUACCGCGCUCUUCAAGGCGACAGGUCUUCCUUUGGUAGAGAAUGGGAUCGGCUUCUCUACGACCUCGUUUCUUUGAUGAUUUCCUGGCCCGGAGGAGUCUCUGUGUCGAUUCGCGAAAAUUCUAGUCGGCAGACCCUUACUUUGAGGUCUGGCUCUCAAUCGAGAACCUGGCUCAAUGAUGGCUGCCGACUCCUGCACCAGGCAUCAUUCUGUGACAGCCUUGACUCAAGUGAAUGGGUGUCUAUCGGAGCAUCUGCACCAAGACUAUCUAUAGAUGGUUAUGUCUGCCGUGAGCCGGUCGCGACAAAGCGUGUUCAACUCAUCAGUCUUGGCAUCGAGCCGCUUUCAAACGAAUCUCGGUGCAACGUUCUUUUCGAAGAGGUGAACAGAGUCUUUGCAGACUCUGCCUUCGGUGCUGUUGAUACUGAAAGUAAUUCAGACGACGGCCUCAAGGAGCCUAAGAUGGAAGGCUUCACCGGCAAGGAACUAAAGCUCAAAAAAGGCGUGGACAGGUGGCCAAUGUUCUUCUUGAAGAUUAGUGCUACACGUUCGGCCACCGAUAGUUCUCUGGAUGUGGAGGACAUUCUUGAUGAUCGACGACCAUCCCUGGCAUUAGUCACAGAUCUUCUGAAGGCUACGUUCUACGAGUUCCUGAAGAAGAACCGUUGCCGACCAAAACCAGUCAACCUAUCUGUAAAAGACAGAGGUGGGCGUAAUCAGGAGAAUAAGAGGCCGCGUGGGAAAGCAGAGGAAGCGGGAACAAGAUCGAGCACUGCGUCCAGCGUUGUACCAAAUCAGAGGGAGGAACCCGCUCGCAAAGCCCAGAGGCUCGAGGUCUCUGGUAGCAGGUCAGAGUCACCAUUUGAUGGGUGGUCGAGAAUCAAGUCCGGCCCGACUCUGCCUACAUUCAAAGAGUCAAUGCAGCCGUCUUCUCGUUUGCACUCCUUAUCUUGGAGUUCUGCCGCAGACCCCCAGGAUGCACAGGAUGCGACCAAGUCCACGCAGUCGGAGCCUUCCACAGCAGAACCUUCUCAGCCCCCGCUGUACGAUCACAAUGGCAAACUCAUGCGAAAGCCCUUUGAGGACAUUAACCCGAAGCAAUUGAGAGGCAGAGGUCUAAUUCAGAGGGCGACUCCGCAACGAACAGCCGACGAAGGCUCAACGAAGCCACUGAGACAGUCUGCCAAAGAGGAUCCCAUUGAAUGGAUCAACCCUGCUACCAAAUUGGCUACUCUUGUAAAUCCUAGAACUGGGUUUGUCUUGCCUCCCAAACCAUUGACACUCAGCAAAAGGGCCGGGAAACAGCUUACCCAGACGGACACAUCUGACCGGAACAGCCUCGUGGGAACCAGCAACACUACUCCUUGGGUCAAAGACCUAGUAGAAAAGUGGAAGAAUCCCGUCUUUGAGCUAACUGAACGUCCCAUACCAAAAUUACCAGACAUAUCAGACAUGCUGGGCAUCGACAUCAAACCUGGUGGCCACCAGUGCGAUCAUGGGCUGUCAACUGUCAGCUUGGGAUCGUAUCACGAAGCAUCCGCCUUGGGGCUUCGAGGACGGGUGUCAAAAGACGCCCUGCGCAGAGCUGAACUAGUCUCUCAAGUUGACAGCAAGUUUAUCCUGGUGAAGGUGCCAUUCAAUCAGGUCCAAGAUGGCCGGAUGGAGACCGAGACAUCGACUACUUCAUCAUGUCUGGUGCUGAUCGAUCAGCAUGCUGCAGAUGAGCGGUGCCGCGUGGAAGGUCUGAUGAAAGAUUACUUUGCCCGUGGUACGACAAAUGUGGGCGGCAACAUUUGGGAAGCAGUCACCAAAGUUCUGCCGAAGCCCUUGGUUUUCGAGCUUUCAAGGCAGGACAGAGACGUUCUGUGCCGAAGCCAGGGACAUUUCGCGCACUGGGGCAUCUGCUAUGAUAUAGAAAUUCCAGAUGCCAGUCGAAGUCUGGGACACAGGAAGCCCAAGACUAACGAAAUUGGCCCCAAAGCUCAAGUUGCUGUGCGGAGCCUCCCACCUGCUAUAUUGGAGAGAUGCAGGACAGAGCCCCGGCUUCUCUCCGACCUCAUCAGGACCGAGGCGUGGAAGCUGAAUGAUGAAGCAGGCCUUGCCCAACAGCCAAGACCAAGGCCCGUGAUACCUGGAGGAACUGAAGAUGGCAGUCCAGCCUGGGUAUCGCUGUUUCAUAGAUGCCCGCAGGGGAUCAUCGAGCUGAUCAACUCGAGGUCGUGCAGGAGUGCUAUCAUGUUCAAUGACCCAUUGACGCGGGAGCAGUGUGGGGAACUCCUAGAGAGGCUGGUCCAGUGUGCAUUCCCCUUCCAGUGUGCCCACGGGCGGCCGUCGAUGGUACCGCUGGUUGAUCUGGGUGAGGGCAUGGGCCAGAUGGGAAACGCACCGGAGGAAAGAGGACCCUCAUUUGGACGGGCGUUCAAGCAUUGGAAACGUCAGAAACGUUGA